AAGAAGAAGAAGUUUAAUUGUCGUUGCCGCCAAGCGACAAUUGAGUGAAUGACAACAAACGCUCGUUGUCUGUCGGUUAUGUUGAUCCGUAUAUGACUGUUCUGUUUUCGCGCCCAUUCGGUUCCCGUCGGGCGCUGAACGACUAUGGCGACAACUCGCCAACUCGGCUAACAUUGAAUGAUCGCAGCGGCCGCUUCACUGCUAACUGAGCAUCUUCGUCGUUGGCUCUGCUAUAUUUUGUUCCGUGAUAUUUUGUUUUGUUCGUGUGUGAUACGCAGUUAAUGAUGUUGACUGAUGCAACAGCGGCGGCGGCGGCGGCGACGACGACGACGGCGGCGGCAGUAGCUAUUUUAUAUCACUAAAGGCAACUACUGCUACUGAGACGGCGAGCGAGUAGUAACAAGUGGUGACUCAGUCAGUUGUCUCUGCUCCCCCGUGGCAAUUCGUGUAGAUUAUGAUGAUUCCCAAUAUGGUUGCUGGUGUCAUUGCGUCAGGUGUUAUCAUCGGUUUUUACAUUUUGAGAUGCGACAACAACCGAGCGUAAACGAGGUCGUGUGGACGGUACCCAAUAUAGACACGCAGCACGGUGAAAAGGUGGCGGCGGCGACGGCGGCGUGUGUGUUUACCUUACUGCCCUGCCUACGCUGCUCUGAUUAAUGGACAGAUACUGUAGGGUUAACGGCAAGAGGUCGAUCGCUUGUUGGUCCUACGCUUGUUUGCUUUCCGCCGCGAAGGGUUACAACGCAAAGACUGAUCGAAAGCGAAUGACUGAGAGCAAUAGUAGGCAACGAGUAAACAAGACAUUGACGGACCCACUGGUCAACCGAGCAGCUGCGGUUCGCUGCUUUAUCCAAUCAAACAAAAAAUCUCACCAAUAUUGAUAUAUGCUUUGUUCAAAGUAGGCACAGUAUCAACGAGUGAUCUGACAAACGACAGUGGAAGAAACUAACAAGGUUCUGAACGAAUGUGACAUACGCUUUUAUAGGACAAAAACACGUGUCGAGCCUGCUUGACUGAAAGAAAAAGUUAUUGUGUGGAGCUUCAUGACAUCAGUUUCCAUAGAAGCAUAUCGCCGAACUAAAUCAACAAGAAGACACAUUAACAAAGCGGAGUCGGCAUUCAGUUGAUCGGCCACCGAACGGCUCCAACGCCUCAGACUUGCCAGUCAGACCAACAGGCAGACCUACAGGCAAGUAGAAACUACUGUGCGCAGGCAUAUACAAUGGCGACUGCCGGACCUAUCGGUAUUCCUUCAGGGGAAAUUUUAUUCGACCAGAAUAAUGUACGCAGCAAGCACGAGGGGUCACACCGUACCCGAGUGUACAAUGGAUACCUUCAAAUUCAGCGAACGGCAAACGGGCAAGCCAUCAUUUGGAAGCCGAAAGAUACUGUUGCCGUUGCUCGCAAUGGGGCUGAAGCAUCAGGACCAGUCCACUACAACGGUUCGGGAUACAAUGACAGCGUUGUCAUUGGACUAGAAAAGGGCGAAGAUGAAGUGCAUAUCGAAGAACAGCCACAGGGGUUUUUCUUUUAUCUGCAGGAUAUGCGAUCGUACCACCUUUCGCAACGGAAAAACUCUAUUGAAAUGAUGGUGAUGCUGUGUGACGGAGCUCGUCUGCCGACAUUAGUCUUUGACGUUGGCAAGCAACAAUUAUUUCUUGCACAGCUCGAGAGUGAAAUUCAAACGCGCGUUUCGGCCAAAGAUAAACGGCUCCAUAUCGUUGUACAGGAAGACGCAGACGCAUUGCAAAAAUCCUUCGAUUCGCUAGACCUGUUUCAGCUGGACGGGGGUAAUCGGACCUUGGUGAGCCGGUUUGUCAGGGAUCCGCUGCCGACUUUUGCGGACGGCCUCGCAAAGGUAACGCACUUUUUCACCCAGGGACAGUAUCAGUACACUAGCCGACACAUAUCGGAAGCUAUGCUCGACUUAAAACCCGAAAGCGUCGGAACAUUUAGGGAAUCCUUCACGAUCGACGCUGAUCAGGAGCCGGGCUUUAAUAUUGUUGAACCAAUACCAAAGCUGCCGCCACGUAUAAAUGUAACCCGCAGCGCCUCACUAGGCCUCGACGAAUGGGCAACCUAUUUCGACAUAGCAGGUCGCAUCUUCGAUCCAAACAAUUUGCGUGAACGAAUAUUUCGAGGUGGAUGCAGUCCAGAAAUUCGACCCGAAGCAUGGAAGUUCCUAUUAGGUGUGUACGAUUUCUCCAAGACUGCCAAGGAACGUGAGGCCGAGCAUGGGAAACUCACUGAGAGGUACUACAGAAUGAAGCUGCAGUGGAAGUCGAUGUCACCUGAGCAGGAAGCACGCUUUGCGGCGUUCACUUUACGUAAAAACCUCGUUGAGAAAGACGUCAACCGGACAGAUCGAAGUGUGGACAUUUUCGCUAGGGAUGGGAAUGAAUACCUGUCCAUGCUAAGUGAUGUCCUCAUGACUUACAUUAUGUAUGACUUCGAUCUGGGAUAUGUUCAAGGUAUGAGCGAUUUGUUGUCGCCGAUCCUGUCUGUAAUGCAGAACGAGCCCGACGCGUUCUGGUGUUUCUCCAAAUUUGUCUCGAUGAUUCGGUACAAUUUUAUUGACCACGGUCGCAUGGAAGAGAAAGAGCAGCAGCAAUUAGGUAUUAAACGCCAACUUAUACAGCUGCACCAACUACUCUCAGUAGCAACGCCUUCGUUCACGGAGUAUCUUGAUAAUCAUGAAUCCGGAAAUCUUUAUUUCUGUUUCCGGUGGCUAUUGAUUUGGUUCAAGAGGGAGUUCAACUUCGAGGAUACGAAACGACUUUGGGAGGUGCUAUGGACACAUCUGCCCUGCGAAAACUUCCAUUUGCUUUUCUGCGUAGCCAUCCUUGAAGAGGAGCAAAUCCGAAUCAUGGAGAACAACUUUGGACUAAACGAAAUACUCAAACAUAUCAAUGAUAUGUGUUUCAAAAUCACGCUCGAAGACAAUCUUAUACGAGCCGAACAACUUUAUUUCCAACUACUGGGAGUGCCGAAAGCAGCUAAGAAUCUUGGCUUUAAAGAACUUGGGGAAGAGGUAAAGCAAGUCAUUUAAAGGCUUAUUGACAAGCGGAUCUCCCGGAAAGACUAGUUUACAUGAGAACAAAUAAUACCAGCGAAUGUGUAGCGAAAAUCAUAUUUAAUGUGAUUAAGAGCGACAACACCCUGUCUUGAGUAACACUGGCGACACUUAUAAGACAGACCAUAAGAUCGUCGUUCUGCUUAAACAAAGGAAAGCUGUUGCGAAGUGGGCUUAUCCCUGGGCGCAGGCUUUUAUUAAGCACAAUAAUAUAGGACUUUCUGAAAAUAUAAAUGUGUAAAGUAAAAAACCUUUUAUGUCGUAUUAGGUAUCAAGAAGGUCAAUUUACUCUGUUCGAUUUACUAAAAGAACGCGAUGGACGAAAUUUGUAUGGCCAGAUUCGUUAGGAAGGACAAUACAAAAUGUCGCCUGGUAAAUUUAUUAAUCUUCGAUUGCUUUGCCCAGAAAAAUUGUGACUUGAAUUUUGAAUUUUAAUAAAGUGUCAAUACCGCCUAUAAACUAGCCUAUACUUAGGGGUUGCAGUAAUUAAAAUCAUUAUUUCUAACCAUCUGCUAGUCGUCAUUGACUAAAUCAACAGCGGUGACUUUACUUAUUCCAGAUCACCUUUAAUUAUUAACCUCUACAUAAUAACAAUUCUUAGAACACCUGAAUCGGCUAAUCGCCUGCUAUUCAAAUUUAUCAUAAUAUGUCGAAAGAACCAGAAGACACCAGGAAUCGUGUAUUUUGGUCUCUGUUGGCUUAGGAACAGCGCAGCUAAGAUAAAAAAAAAAAAGGAAUAUGAAUGAUUCGCUCUGUAUGUUACCUGUUCCCCUUGGGCAAGCUUUAAAGACCUUGCGGUCUCUCUUCUGUAAUCAACUAGUUGUUUACUAUCCGAGGUUCUCAUCUACCUCGGACACCCGGCCAGGGUGUGGUACAGCUUCAGAUCCUUAGACUCAGUAAACUACUUUUAAAUAAUCCUCAUAGAGUCCUCGCUGUGCACGACGUCAAUAUCCUGGGAAGCUUCUUCGGUCUUUUGACUCCAGGAAAGUAUGUCUAGCUGUCAAAAAUUAAUGUUCUUUAUAUGCAACAUAUAUUAAAGCCUGAACUCGAAAUGAAAUUCUAUUAAUUACACAGUGGAAUUACAACAAAAUGAUGAGCGCGUUUUCGGAUAGUACAAGUAGAAAUAAAUAUUCACUGGACGAAAGGCUAGAAGGAAACAAGUUGAAAAGACACCAUUACUUUCUGAAGGUAUGUGAGCAACAUGUCGGUCUAGUCCGGCCGUUUGAAAGUCUGUUAAAGGCUUUGAACAUGGUUUAGUCCCGUAGACCAAAGUGACCACGACCAUGUAUAAUCAUUUAAACUCUAAAAGUUACAUCAAUUUUUCCUAAAGAAUAGUUUUCUUAUUGCCAUCGAUGAUGAUGAUAAGCAUAGAUGAGGCAUUACAUGCUGGGAGGUAAGCUUCAAACGGAUUCUAUUUCUGCAAAAAAAAAUUACGACAGCUAAACGUGUUGUAAUAAUGGACCGACCUAUACGGAUAUAACCGUAUAUAUUUUAUAUAUAUAUAUGAUGCAUAGAUAGAGAGAUAUAAUAACCAGCAAGAAUCUGUUCCGGGAUCGACAAUAAGUAAUAAACGAUGUUUUUCGUCCCCUGAGUUAAUACAUGUA